AUUCGAAUUUAAACGUUAACAACCGCGCAUUCAAAACUCAAACGUUCAAACUUCAAACCCCCACUUUUUCUUAACGGUCUCCACACAGAGCUCUUCUCUUUAGAAAUUUCAAUUGCAUUUGUGCUAAACUCAGUUCUUAUGGCGAAUCAACCCGAAAUUUGUGGGAUCAAACCAACUCACGCACAAGGGGUUUCCACCCCCGGUAAAAAUCAUCAUCAGCCGAGUUCAAUUUCGAAGGUUCGAGUAAUCGUUAGGGUUCGACCUUUUCUCCCUCGAGAGCUUUCUUCCGGAAACGGAAACCUAAUUUCCUGUGUUUCUCUCCGAGAAUCGGAAUCUUCUUCCGAUGAAGUUACUCUUCUUCUCAAAGAUCACGAAACCAGUCGGAAUGAGUGCUACAAAUUGGAUGCGUUUUUCGGGCAGGAAGACAACAACGUGAGCCGGAUCUUCGAGAGAGAAGUGAGGCCUUUGAUUCCAGGAAUAUUCCAGGGUUUCAAUGCAACUAUCUUUGCUUAUGGAGCUACUGGAAGUGGUAAAACUUACACCAUGCAGGGGAGUGAUCAGUUACCUGGUUUAAUGCCGCUCGCCAUGUCGAACAUCUUGUCGAUGUGCAAGUGCACGGGAAGUAAAAUAGUGAUAUCUUACUACGAGAUCUACCUCGAUAAAUGCUACGAUCUAUUGGAUCCAAAAGAAAAGGAGAUCUUGAUUUGGGAAGAUAAAGACGGACAGAUACAUCUUAAAGGAUUGGCUCAAACUGAAGUCGGCUCAAUAGACCGAUUCAAUGAGAUCUUCUCAUCUGCUAUUCAGAGACGAAAAGUUGCUCACACGGGCCUCAAUGAUGUAUCGAGCAGGAGCCACGGUGUGCUCGGAAUUACUAUUUCCACACCUUGUCAUGGCAGUGUCGGCAAUGCUGUCGUUGGGAAGCUUAAUCUUAUCGAUUUAGCAGGAAACGAAGACAAUAAGAGGACUUGCAACGAAGGAAUUCGGCUUCAAGAAAGUGCUAAGAUAAACCAAUCUCUGUUCGCACUGUCGAAUGUGAUUUACGCACUUAACAACGGAAAAUCAAGAAUUCCUUAUAGAGAAACCAAAUUGACUCGAAUAUUACAGGAUUCUCUUGGAGGGACAAGCCGUGCUCUUAUGGUUGCUUGUUUGAAUCCAGGAGAGUACCAAGAAUGCGUUCAUACAGUUAGCUUGGCAGCUAGGUCUCGCCAUGUUUCUAACUUUGUAUAUCCAUCACACAAAAAUGGCAAUUCGAACAUGAAAAUUGACAUGGAAGCGAAACUUCUUGCUUGGCUAGAAUCAAAAGGCAAAACGAAAAGUGCUCAAAGAACAGGGUUUUGCCAUUCUCCGUUUCUUGGUAGAACUCCUAGUUCGGUGAAAUCCACAAGGAAAUUUAAUACAUGUUCGCGCACCAACGAAACUAAAGCCGUACGAAGAAGUCCAUGCACAGCUGGCAGAAAUCUAUUCAGUGGUGGAGGUUAUCCACUUCACUGUGAGGAGGCUCAAAAAUUAGCUGCAGCUGAAACUAAUCAAGAAAAUUUUGCCAUCCCGGUUUACGGGGAUAUAUUAUCGGAAUCGAAUCCUUUUUUACCCGAUGAAUCAUUGUUCGUUGAGGAGGAAGCCAUUAGCAUGUCACUACUAACCAAGAAUAUCAAAUCACUCGAGAGUCCCCACAGAGAAGCCCUUUCUCCAAUUAACUCCGACAAUGGAAAUUUACACUUUGGUCCUUGUGAUCCAAAGACACCAAAGUCGUUGUUUUCUAUACCAGGUGAUGUUGAGAAUGACUUCCAAGUAUUGAACACCCCACUCGAUAAAUUUACCGCCCGGAGUUCUAGAUUAAAGAGUUCUCUUGUUCAAGAGUACAUCGAAUUCUUGAACACAGCUAGCAGGGAGGAGCUAAUGGAGCUAAAGGGAAUCGGAGAAAAGAUAGCCGAAUACAUCGUUGAGCUAAGGGAAACUAGCCCUCUAAAAUCCCUAGGUGAUCUAGAGAAGAUUGGCUUAUCCUCAAAGCAGGUGCAUAACAUGUUCGGAAGGGCUGCAAGAGGACUAUUAGCAAACCUCGUACUCAACGCCUAGUGUUUUUUCCUAUUGUGUCCUUAUUUUGUGUGCAGUGUUUGUUGUAAUAUUUGGCUUUUGUAAUGUAAUUUUUACUAGGUUAUUUGAAUCUAUUUGUUGGUUCUACCAUUAUAAGUCAUAUAUUCUGCACUCCAGUGCUUAAAGUA